UUUUUUUAUCCUCUUUCUUUUUUUUUUUCUUUUUUUUUAUUUUUUGAAAACUUCAUGGCCUAAUCAACCUAUCUUAUUUAUAUAGACACAUUAUGAAAAAGAUAGUUCCAAAACAUGGAUCAGUCUUUACUAUUACGUUGGAUGAAUAUAAAUAUUACUUUCGUGGAGAUUGUAUAAAAGGUCGGAUUGUCCUCAUACCAACAAGGUCAUACAAAGUCUCUGGGAUCAAAUUGGAUUUCUUUGGUCGUAUUCGAACUUAUAUUAGUUCCAAGAAACAAGAUGAUCAUUAUUAUUUUAAGGAAACAAUGCUAUUAGAUGUUUGUCCUGGUACUGUGAAAGAAGGUCAAACUUAUACAUACUCCUUUCAAGUCAAUUUACCGGUGGAUUCGACUUUACCAAGUUGUACUGAAAGCGAUACAAAUAUUGGAGGGAUUAUUGAAUACAUUAUUACAGCAACAAUAGAACGUCCUUCUCGCGAUUGGUCACCCAUCACAACAUCUAUUCAUAUUCCUGUCCUAGAAAGACUUGAUAUCAGCAAAUCUGAUUUAAUAGAACCUAUUUGGAAUCGAGUCUCUUGGCAUGCAGAAAAUUCUGAAGAUAUGAUAGAUCAAGAUGACUAUCAUGGAUAUGAUCAAACAACUGUUUCCGCCUCCAUACCACACAAAGGAUAUACCAGAGACCAAGUCAUUCCUAUUACUGUGGAUAUUCAACACUUUCAACCUUAUCAACGUGCUAAUGGACUCACAGUGUCAUUGAUUCGAUGUACUCGUAUUUUAUGCAAAGAAAAGGCAUAUCUAUUAUCUUCGACCGUGGUUACUUCAACAAAACUAGAUAUCGAUAUUCAACGUACAAGUGGCCAAACUAUUACAACAUCUUUAUUGAUACCCAAAUAUAUUUCACCUACCAUCACUCUCAACGCAAGGCUUAUGCAAGUGGAUUACCGUAUUGAAGUUCGGGCAGAGAUGGAUGGAGAAGAUACCAUCAAUGAUCUUAGUACUUAUCUUAUGGAUAAACGACGGACUUGUACCAACCUAGCAUCUAUGCGUGUUGAACUUCCUAUUGUGAUUGGCACGUUACCCAUGAAGUUAUCUACCUUACCUCCUGAUAUAUUGGAUCCAAAGUUUGUGAAAGGCGUUAAGCAUAUUGGACAAGAAAAUCAAUCAAUGCAACAACAACAACAGCAACAGCAACAACCAAAACAACAACCAUCUGUACUAUCUUCGUUGGCAUCCAUGGAUUUAUUAUUUUCACUUCCAUCCAAUGUCCUCGAAAUAUCAUCUACAAGUUUCCGUUGGGAUAUUUCUUCUUCUUUCAAACGUGCUUCCAAUAUAAUCUCUCAGAAGAGUCAUCCAUACCAAGAGCCCAACUCGAUACCCGCCUACCAACAGCAGCACUCACACCAAUCAAAAGUAUCCAGUUUAUUAUCCGUCAAUGAAAAACAACAAUAUUCCACUUCUGAAACGUCAAAAUCAUCACAUUCUAUAUCUUCGUCCUCAGCAAAUGUGACCCAAACAACUUCGCCUUCUUUUUAUUUACCGCUUUCGCUGGGUGAACCAUUCGAUCAUUCUAUAGGACUUGAUGAUACUGUGAGCUGGUUUGAUCAAAUGACCAACAAAAUGUCAUUAUCAUCAUCAUCAACAACAAUAACAACACCAUCAUUGUCUGUACCAUUAUCACCAACACUACAAACGUCAUUCUCACCAUCAACACCAACACCAUCACCCAUGACUUCAACCAACGAUGAUGAAAAAAAUGAAACAUCCCUACUUACAGAAACGCCGUUACCUUCAACUUUCGAUAAUCUUAUGCCAAGAUAUUCUAAUGAAACAUUAUUAUCAGAAAGACCAACGGCAUCAACAAAUCUAUCAAUAGCAAGUGAUAUUACAGUGAAGAACGUCACAUUUGAUAAAGAUGAAACAAAAACAACAACGACUGAUCAAGAUGAAAUAGACCAAUCACGACAAGCGGAAGGAUCUAUAAAAGAUAUCAGCAAUCAUCAAGAGUCAGUUGAUACGAAACCAACAAAUAAUAAUAAUAAUAAUAAUAAUAAUAAUAACGACGACAACGAAGAGAAGAAAGGUUAUUCUCCAAUAUCAGGUAGUUAUCGCCUUUUGACGACGUUUAGUAAUUAUCGACAACCAUUAGUGGAAGAAGAGGAUGAUCAACAACAAUAUGCAGGUAAAAGUGACGGAAAAGGAAGUGUAGAUGGAAUGACAUCGGUAUACAAGCCGGAAAGUACAAUUGAAGCUUUGGACGUCAGUGCAGCACAUAUUGGAUCUAAACAACGAAAUAAUCAACAUUACCAAGACAAUGGGCCAUUGGAACAAGAUAUUUAUGACAAACCUCACGAAAUGUCUGAUAUAGAAGAUUCUGAUUCUGAUGAAAAUGAUUUUUUAUCAUUAUUGGCUCGAAGAGGAAAACAAGAAGAAUCUGGUUAUUGGCAAUAAUGAUGACGAUGUAGUAUAGUUUUUUUUUUUAACAUAUAUUUAUUUAUUUAUUUUAUACCUUGUACUUAUUUUUUUUUGUCCUACUUUUACUAAUAAAUAAUAUGAUAAUUCUCCCCACCUUUUUUUUCCAAAAACAAAACUUUUCCCUUUGUAAAAUUAUAUUGGUUUGAGCGUCUAUUCUCUGUGUAACACCAACUGUUGUCAGGUGCGUCUGAAAUCAUGUUUGAUGAUGUU